AUGUCGACGAGUGCUUCGGCACCAGUCGACGUCGCCGCGAACCAAACCAGUAUCGCUUCCGCCGAGCAAGGCGCCACCAGUACAUCGAUUCCUCAGACGAAUUCCGAGCUUCAGGCGACUCAGAGUAUCUACGAGCAUGCUGUGAAGAAUAACGGGAUGAACGCCGUCGACGCUGUAGCUGAACCAAGCGCUGGUGAGGUUACAGGUGCGGCAAACCCUAUGAACACCGCAGUUCCAGCUUCAAGCACGUCACAAACUGCCCAAACCGAUGGUUCCAUUGAUGUGAGCAGCGGCAACCGGCCGAAUGGAGUGAUAGACGGUUCGAUCGACCAGGGAAGCGUGGCAGAAGGAUCGGUGGAUGCUAGUGUACACUCCGACACCGAAGGUAGCAGAGGUGACGCCACCGAGACGAAGAAAGACGAGGAGAACCAUCACACUCGCACAAACUCUGUCAAGAAGCCGACUACAUUCAGCAAGGUCUCCAUAUCCAAGAACUACCUCGCGAAAUCAGCGGCUGCUCCCCAAACUGCGAAAUCCGGCGACAAGCCCAGCCCAGCAGGGACUCCACCCACACUACAGACCGCCAGGCCUCGUUUGAUCGCAAAGACUGGCGCUUCCGCACGCGAUGGGCCAAAGACUCGCGUAGGCUCAGAAGCAGCAAGUGGACCUGAUGCGAGCAAGGUCUGGAAUAAGAACCGGCCUGUCCAACCUCCACCUCCAAAGCAGUUCACGGACGAAGAACUCAAGCAGCAAUACGGUAUUCAUCUUGCGACGCGACUGCAGACCGAAGGCGACGGCAAAGACGCGAAGUGGGCAGACAUUGACGACGAUGAGGACGAUUGGGCACCAGAUGCAGUGGUCUGGAUGGAUGGCACAAAGUCAACGCUCACGCCACAGGAGGCUGCUACUCCGCAGCCCCAGCAAAAGCCUACCAGUCCGCAGCCGCCAAAGCCCGCGGAAGCUGUUCGUCCUACGCUCGCUGCAAAGAGGACCACCGAACUCGGCCCGGCGAAGACGAUCUUGAAACCUGGAGCGAGUGCGGCGGCAGCCCAAGCGAAGCAGAAUGGGGCAGCUUCUGCAACACCAGCGGACAAAUCUUUGAAAGCACAGAGCCCUGCGCCUCCAAUGAAGUCACCAUGGGCACCUUUGCCGCCAAUGGAUAAGACGUCGCCCAUCAAUCCACCUGUUCAGCAACAACAGCCUCCGCAGCCCAGGCUCGCUACCCAGGACGCACGUGCUUACGGUCCGCCAGUGCCACAGCAGCCCGCUAGAGAGAUCGCUGCAGACACGUUUGACAGGUCUUGGCGGGAGGGCGAAGGAGGUGCAAGGGAGCUGUUCAACUCAGUGAGCGGGCGUUACGAGCCAGUAGCGGAGGGCCGACGAUCUUCCAUCAAACCGGACUCUUCCAUGCGAAAGCCAUCACUCCUGCAGCGAUCGUCGCAGUCCGUGACAUCACCGGCCGAGCCUUCAGCAGCCUUCCAGACUCGGUCGUCGAUCCAGGCCGAUGGAUCUUGGGCUGGUAGGCGUGGCUCUAGUGUUAGCCACUCGAGCAUCCCUCCUGGAAGGCGUGUGUCGACCUCGAAAGGCUCAGACAUGUCGCCAGCUCCAGAGCGACGCACAAGUACAGUCGUUGGACACGAUAUGCGCUCUUCGCCGCAGAUGGCUCGCGCUGAGCCCGCCCAGCCGAACUUCCCACAGCAAUCAGCAUGGCAGCAGCAGAUGCCCCCGCGACCAGAACCAGGCACCGAGGCAGAAGAUCCGGUCAAGGUCCAGGAGCGGGUCAUGCGAGAGAAGCGCGAACUGGCAAAGAAGCGCCGUGUGGAGGAAGAGAAGCGCGAGGAGGCGGAGAAGCAGGCAAGGCUCAAGGCAAGACUUGCGCAGCUCGAGGGUGCCGGCAAAUCCAGGAGUGAGCGCGCAGCAGAAGCAGCUGCGGCUGUUCCCGCCGCCAAGCCCUCGCCGCCCCCAGCCACUGAAUUGUCUGCUGAAGUCACUACACCGACUGCGAAAGCUGAAGACACUCGCGCACAGCCUUCACAGCCUGCUCAAGUGGCAGCGACCGUCGCACCAGAACUUGAAGCGCAAACUCUUCCAGCGGCGCCAGCGAAGCCUCAGCCAAAGCAGACCAGAUCCGACGACAAGCUACCGUCGCCGCUUCCACCGAAGCCUCACUUCACGAACUUGCCAGACAGACCAAAUUCAUCUACGGAACAGCAGCGUCAGCAGUCGCGCAGUCACCUGUCCCCGAGAGCAAACAACCGAGCGCCGUUCCAAGGUCAGCCGUCGCCUUACGGCCAGCCGACUUCUUCAUACUCCUCGCCAGGUGAUCGCAAGCAACAUCAAUUCAACCGCUCACCGCUGCCGAAUAACGAUACGUUCUCUUCCUCGUGGCCUACGACUGGGCUGAAUAGCAACGUGUGGGGCCAUUCAGGUAUCGGAAACGGCACCUUUGAGAGCUCGAGCUCAUUUGCGCCGAUGCAGCAGACCUCAGCGCUUCCACCGCCGCCUGGCAUGUCACGCCCGUCACCCUCAAACAGGAUCUCGCCGCAGUCACUGGCUCAAGGCUCGCAAUCUCCGAACAUGCAACAACAGACACUCCAAGAGCCGCACCGUGGCUUCGCGCCACCCGGCUUUGAGCCCCGCCCGGAGUCUUUCGCGAACCAUGCACGAGUCAAUGGCACGUCGCCGAUUCCCGGACUCGCUCGUCCACCUCACCCGCCAGGCCCAAUCGGGCCCCCGUCACGUGCGCAACCACAAGCUGCUGGACAGCGCGAGGACAAACUGAAGGCAUGGAACGUGGCUGCGGAGAGUCUGCCAGAGCAGUAUCGCAAUGCUGCUGAAGCGGCUGGCAAACCAAAGCCGGCUGCCACCACCAGCGCACCGCGCGAUGAUACUAUUAAGGAGACCUUCAAGAAAACCACGAUUGGUUCCAGACUCGGUGGCCCUCGCCGAUAUGGAGAAACCGAGUUUACCGUUCACGAUAGGCAGGGCUCAAGAUCUGUGCAAACGCACAGCCCGGCGCCACCGCAUGCGCAGACACAGCCAACAGGCCCAGCACCGAUCGCUUCGCCCUCACAGCAAGACCCAUGGGCCAAGGCCGGCGAAAGCAAGGUGCGGCUUCCGGAUACCUCACUCAGCGCCGCGCAGGGUCCCACACCGAGUCAGCAGCCACCAAUCGGCCGUCCGAGCACAGAGAAGGUUCAGCAGACAGCCGUGCAGCAACAGACAGACCACGCCGUCAGCGCCGUGCCCUUGAUGCCAGUCGAUACCGUCCCGUCGCCACCUCCGCCGGAGGAGUCUUCACACCCUGUGCAUAGCGGCAACAUCAGCCACCCACUCGUCAAGCUUCCACUAGGAAAACCAAAGGUGAAGCUGCCUCCAGCGCCAGCAUCUGUGGUCGACCAACAACAGAGUGUGGUGAUGCCUCAGCGUCCGAUCUCCAACCUCGCCGUACCUGGUGGCUCCAGACCGCUCGUGAUGCAAACUGAGUGGCAAGCGCGGUUCAACGGGCUAUUCAACCGUACCACUGUCCACACCGAAACUCCACCCUCGCCGCCCAAGACCCCACCGAAGAUGCAGAGCCCUGCUCUCGCCGUAGCCGCUUCUAGCAGAACGGUGAUGGACGAGAUGCCGGCUGCCACGGGGGCCAUGGUGUCGCUGCCGCAGGCGAAGAAGCCGACGAGUCGUGAAGGCUUCACGAUCGACGAUAGUGCGGACGUGAUCUCCAAGCCUGGCAUCGAGCACAUGUUCACGGAAGAACUGAGCUUCGGAUCGAAGCCGAAGGUCAGCGUGCCACGCCACGCGACCUAUAACGAGGCUCUUUAUCAUCAGACUGGGCCCUUCGUCAUGGCGAAUACCCGCAACGAGUUCUCUGUCGAAGCAAACUCUAUCGUGCCGCUCGAGUUCAGGAGCGUUCACCGCAGGCAUAGAGAUGGCAUCUUCAUUAAGAUCCCUGCUCUAAAAGUCGGCAACAAAUUCGUCCGCGACUCCCGUAGCAGCCGCCCAGCGAACGCACAGAGCGACAACCGCAAGUCAUCUGGCAAGUUCAACAACCCGAAGGCAAGGGAUGGCGCUGCGGUUGCCAACACGAACCAAAACAACGGACGAGAGAACGAGAAGAACUCGAGUCCGGCCCCUACGACGAACUCGAACUCGGCGGAGGACACUCGCAAGAAGUCGUCGAACUGGGCAAAGCCCUCGAGGGGCGGCGGUCGCAGACCUCAGGUGCAGCAAGCAGUGGCUGUCAACAGCGGCUGGUAA